AGUUCCCAGUUGAAUAUUGAGUUGUGUGGUUGAAUUGAUAUCUAAUCGGAAUGAAACUUUUCUUGAGAACAUUUCUCUGUGCAAUUGCACUUGUUGGAUGCAGCCAAGCGCUGUUUUUUUCACAUGGACAAAGCAGAACAUACUCGUUGACAGCUUCUAGUACAGCUGGUGCAGCUAGUUCAGCUAGUUCAGCUGGUAAUUCAAAUUCGCGAAGAGGUGUUCAUGAUAUGCUUGGACACGUGCUCAAUACAAAAAUUCAACUCUUGAGUGUUUUACGAGACUCGAUAAGUCGGAACAAAACAAUGUCACAAAGUUCAGGAAGUGGUCUUGCAUCUUUACUGAGUCAUCCAGGAGUAUCAAAAUUAAUCUCUGGAAUUGUUUCACCUUUACUUUCUGGAGCUUUUGCUGGCGGUUCAUCAUCAAAACCAUUAUCGUCUUCUUCGAAUUCAAUUGAUUUGGAUUUUGAUGACCUUGACAAGGUUGAUGGGCCAGGAGUAAGUGUUUCGAAUGGCGACGAUUCAACGUCUUCAUUCUUUGAUGCUGGCGAAGAUGGUACGUCAUCCCUUGGUUCUGACGAGCCUUCAUUUUCUGUAAUUUCUGAUGACAAAGUCUCCGCUCUUGAUGACUCUGACGAGCCUUCAUUUGCUACAUUUUCUGAUGACAAAGUCUCCGCUUUUGAUGAUAGCUUCUCUAAGGAUGAAAUGCCUUCUGGAUAUUCUUAUUUACCACCAUCAAAACGAAAUAGUUAUUAAUUAUUUAUUAUUGAUUGACAAUGAAAUAAGGAAAUAAAUAAAAGCUCACAAAAAGAGCUUUCAAAGCUUUCAA